UUGUUUGCGCGCGACGCAUCGACCAAAUAAUGCCUCGAAAAUGUGAGAGAUAUAGAUGCAAAAAGAAGAUGACCCAUUCCGCGCGCGGGAAGCUGCUUCAAGUAGGUUCUCUCUUUCUGGUAUGCAGGUGAAGUGCUCGCAGAUGUUAUGCAGGCGGAAACGCGUGCCCAUGCUGGAUUUUGCCGAAACGGCGCGGUCUGCCUUCCAGACGGGCCCAGAGUGGAUUCGAAAGUACGCCGAGCCGUUCGGCGUGAUUACGAACGUGAUCAUCUGCUUCGUGCACUUUCAAGCCGCCGUGAUAUAUAUCCUGUACGUGGCCACGCGUUCCAGCAGGUACGACCACGUGAUCGAGUUCUUCUCGGAUUUCGAGAUGAAUCCGCGCGUCUACAUCAUCUUUUUCCCAUUCACGGGCGCGCUCGGUUUCGCGCCUCUCAAGUGCCUUGUACCGUUCUCCGUCAUCGGAUCCCUUUUCCUGAUCGUUGGCGUCUGCAUCGCGUGCUACUACUUCCUCGCCGUAGUGCCUGAUCCCGGUAGACUGGAUGCCUUCACGCAGAUCCUGCCUGUGCCCAUGUAUUGCGCCAUAUUCCUGUUCGCCCCGCACAACAUGACCCUGUACCUGCCGCUAGAGAACACGAUGAAGCAUCCCACACAUAUGCCGCGGCUGAUCGUCGCCAACAUAUACCUCACCUUCGGCUUCCUCGGAUACAACAAGUACCCGAACGCCUGCGACACCGUUAUCAAGAACCUGCCGGUGGACGAGACGCUGGCCCAGGUAGUCAAGAUCGCCAUUUCCCUGUCGGUGCUGUUCAGCUUCGGCCUGGCGUACUACGUGCCGAUUAGCGUGUUGUGGCCGAUAGCUCGCUCGAAGAUCGCCGCGAAGAGCUCGCUAUACCAUCGGCUGGCCGAAAUCUCGCUGCGACUAGGCGGCGUGACCGGAACCACACUGCUGGCCAUCGCCGUGCCCCAAAUGGUGCCCCUGCUAGGUCUGUUCUCCGCCUUCGGCAUGUCCACGAUCAUGCUGCUGAUCCCCAUACUAAUCGAGACGUCGACCAAGUGGACGGAAGCCACGAGAACGAUGCUCGUGAAGAAUGCCGUUAUUUUCGUCGUGUGGCUAUUGAUUUUGAUUUUUGGAGCGAUAGAGAGCAUGUGGUCAAUUGUCAGAGAAUACGGUGGAGUGAAGCAAGAAAAAUGUUGAUCACGCAUGUCCGCUUCCCGCUCAAAGAAGAGAAAGAGAAAGAAACUUUCAGUACAACAUUACGAUAUCUGCUUCCAAUUUUCCAUAACGUCAAUAUGUAAUACAAAAAUUAUCAAAAUUAUCUGGAUAUCAGGAGCUUCACGAUAAACCGGCAAGCUACGCAUUAAUGCAGAAACAUGUACGCGUGGAUCACAGAAUUUCUAAUACAACAAACCAAAAGGGCGAUGCAGAUGAAAUACAUUGAGGAAAGAAAUAAUAAAUUUCCAGCGACUACAUUUAUAUAAAAAAACAUAUUUGUUGCUUUAUAUGUUUUAUAACAAAAAAAUGUACUAACGUUCGGUCCGAGUAUUUCUUCGUGUUUUCCUCUUUUAAACAUCUGAGAUCGAUUGAUCGAUCAACGAUUAUCAUGGUUGAUAUUGAGGACCCUUUAAGAUCAGAAUGUAACGCUUGCAACACUCGAGGGGGCAGGAGGACUUGAAUUUCCCUCGACGUUUAUGUAACGCGAGGCACGGCGGAGUCAUGCCAUUUGCGACGUGGAAACAAGAGCGACGGCCCACAAUGAGAAACUGCAUCGCAGUUGCAGGCCCACGGAGAUGGUGGGAGUCCAUCAUGCAGGACCUUCUCGCAACGGGACGAAGAGAGAGACGGAGCGAGGGCGCGACCCGUGCAC